CGUAAUCUGCUGUGCAACAAAACAUUUCUGCCAGCCAUGACACGGAUAUCUACCACAGAUCACACUCCAGUGCAUCCUUCCCCGACUACGCCUAGCACAUAGGACAACAAGUCAGCAAAGCAGGCGGGAAAUUCGACGGUGUUUCCCAAACACCAUGAGUUACACAUCGCCUGAAUCCACUUCUCGUAGCCGGGACUUGAGCAACGUCAGCGAAAGCUUGUAUGGUCGGCAGGGCUCCUCGCAUCUCGGGGCCAUCCCUGUCCCGCUUCCUCUAGACUUCACGCCGCGAGACCUCCCGGAGCUGCAGAGGCUUCAUGCACAGAUGACUGUCGACAACCUUCGUCUGUGGGAGUGCCUCAACAUCAUCCGAUGCAAUCGAAGAGUAAAUGGAAUAGACGUUUUGUACGAUGUAUUUUCCAUGACGGACAAGGAGUUUUUCCUCAAUUAUCCGGCCUAUGCAGGUUAUGACGAGAGCGGCAGUGGUGCUUUGCGUAACGUGGAGACGUCGGGCGGCAACCACAGCGAACGCUACCUGCAGCAUCUUGUCAUGCACAACAACCGCUUGAUCCUGGAAAACGGUCGUCUGUACGUCUGCAUCGAGAUGCUCAGCUCUGACCCCAGUAUGAUCCCCGACGAGGUCGUCUGUCACAUUUUUGCCUUGAACGAGGAGGAGUUCAUCAGGCGCUAUCCCUCGAUCGGAAUAGGAAAUCGCAUCACCAAACUUCUGGCGAAAAUACGUGCGGAAACAAGAGGACGACAGCAGCGUUCUCUCUCCCUUCCUCUUAGCUGCUUUCACCGUAUUUCCUCCUCUUUGGGCCCCUCCCUCCAUUCUGUCUCCUCCGGGCCCUCCUGCAGCAACAACAACGAUCACAUCAGCCCACAUAAGACCCUAGACGACUCCUUACCAGGGAUAGGCCUAUCGUCUCGUCGAUCAUGGCCCUUCAGUCACAGGACUUAUUCCACAAGCGACAUCACCACCAAGCACCAACCAAAACAGGGAGAUAAUUUACUUGACACACCGCCGAGUCCCCCACGCCUGAGCAGCAAUGAAUUUUCUUCUGUCGCCAGGAAGAGCCCGCCGCGCUCGAGUUUCAAACUCCCAAGUCCUCAGAGGCAAAAUAUCUACAUAUCUGGACGAGAGCUAAUUUCAACUUACUCGGACAACGUCCAGCCGCGCCAUUUCUGCCAAAGUCUUGCGAAAUCGCCAGUUCAGCUGCCAGCGCAGCGCCGACACACCCUUUCCCCUGGUGUUCAAAGCCGAGCCAAGUCCAACAACGCCGUGGUUCCGACGAUGAAUACCUGGACGAUGGCGGUCACUUUGAUGAUUACGUGGGCGAAAGUGAUGAUUAUGAUGACGGCGUUGCCUACAAAAGGAAGAACGGAAGCGUGCUGUCCUCUCGCGACAAAGAUACGGCCAGCGGUCAAAAGUGUAAAGUCAGCGUGAAGAGUCCAGAGGUGAGAUCUCACCAAUACAACUCUACCAGAACACACACUGGACCUGGCGAUGUAUUGGGACGAUUUCCUCAAAUCUCUUCUACCCAGACUUUCAAAAGGAGCGUGAAGAUUCAAGCAAAACCUUGGACGUCAGUCAGACUCGUUGCCACAGCCCCGCUGCUCCCAACAAAAGUUUGACUAGAAAGGACUUGUCGUUACACGCGAAUUCGUGUAGGAAAGAUCCGUCUAUGAGCGAAAACUUGUCAGUCAGCUUGAGUGCGAAGAGGGGCAACAGUCCCACCUCGCCUCGUUCUCGAGGCGACAACAUCAGCAGCCGAAAUCCCAGGCUUCGUUCUUCCUGGAGUGCGGGUCACACCGUCGAAAGCAGAAAAAGCAUGCCCAUGACGCGGAAUGAUCGUUCUUGCAGCCCCAGGUGCAAGGUUCUCGAAGGUGAAACACGAGGAAGAAGUGGGUCCCUGCAGCGGCCAAAGAAGCCUUUCAAUAGCACGACAACCACAAGGACUAGUUUAGUUGAUAAGACGCGCCAUGGUUUCUUUAAGCCACUGGUGGUACGUCACGAUUUUUCACCACCUACUGCGAAUUGACACCAGACGAAUUUCGGUGAGUGAUGAGCUCGACUUGCAGGCACCAGAUAAAUGCAACUCAGGCGCCAUGAGCACAUGUCCCCUCGCUCCAGUGAACACGAGAAGUACAUAACGAGAACAGCACAAGAAAGCAGGCAGCAACUCAUGGAACUUCGGGAAAUUUUCCGACGGUACAGUUCCUUUACUCCCAAGCUUAACUACCUCAACAGGAGACAUUUGACUGACGAUCUUUUACCAGAAACAAAACGCUUCUGAUCAAGGGCACCUGGACCUCGAAAGGCUGACCACGGGUUCGCAGACUUAUUCUAAAGUUAAAUGCCAGCCAGGAUCGGAGAAACGGCGAAGUCCUUCUUUGUCGAUUCCCAAGGGAUUAGCCGAUGGACAAAAACCGAGUCUUCAGCAGCGGCAUUUUAAAAUCCGGUUCACAAAUGGACCUCAGGCGACACAGAAGUCCGAGCCCCAACGCCUUGUCAUCUGAUCGGCGUUCAAAGGAGAGAAGAUCCAGUGAUUCGCUACAUUUCGGCAGACGAUUUAAAUCGCCUACAGAACAGGCCAAGCAGCUGCCUUUGAACAACAACGCAUUCACUACGGUCUAUUGUAGCAACUCCUCUUCUGAUGAGGACAGCACCAGGAAGCUACGGUCUGGCGGUUGGCGUGGCAACAUCCGGUCGUCAAACCGGACUGGCGAGAUUCACGACGAUGCCGACAAGAGAGUCAACAACUGCAAAUAUACGCCUUCCUCAAUGUCCACCUCGGCUAGGACGUCGUCGUUGGAUGCCAUGCCGAGGUCGGUUAGUGACCUCCAAAUGGAAAUUGGAAGAAGCAGAUCUUUCAGAGAAGGACGGUCCAAGAGAGUAGAGGACGCCAUACAAGAUCUUUACAAACUUUUUUCGGAAAGAUCACAGGAAGUUAAGAACAGCCGAGUUCCAUCUUCAUCGCCAUGUCGCCGCUAUACCCACGUGCUGGACUCCAGCCAAAACCGGGUAGAGGAUGACUGCCCAGGCGAUGGUAACCAGCAACAGGAGAAGAGGGACAGGUCUCCGCCCAAACCUCAGCCACAAGAUGCUGGCGAUAGCAACCCACCUCCCUGUGUCUUAGGAGAGAUUGGCUUUCAGCUGGAACGACGGAUCAUACAGAUGGUGUUCGGCGACGAACCUCCGAAAAAUCUUGCAAACCCGUUAAUUAAUGAAGACGAAACAAAAGCAAACGCCAGCCAGCGCCAUCGAUUCUAUGGGUACACUGUCAGAAACUUACCGGAGAGGAUACGCGCCGAGUGCCGACGGCACGGCAGGGGGGAGCGCGACGGUGUGCGGGAGGCAGACAUGAAAUGCAAGCUGCGCCGUGUGAUGCAGGAGCUACGUGACUGUGGGUACAGCGUUACUAGACACUCGUCCUUCGCCCAGGACAUCAUCAACAAAUACGGUCUUUUCUCUCAGCCACCAGACGACGCCACUAUCACCAAGUAUGGCCUUCGAGACUUCCGGUGCGUCCGAGAGCAUGUGAUAAGAAUGUCCGAACAAAACGAGCGGGAGGAUCUGCUGGUGCUCUUGAACUGUCUUCACCACCUGGGACGGAAGGUCGGCAAAGCUCUUUUGUCCUUUGAUUAGAGCUCUGCUGCAGCUUUCAGAGUUCAGUGAUGCUGCCUCAGAUGUUUGCUGGUGCGCUCUAAUACUUUACCAACAUCAGAUGGUGCAUAGCACGUGAGCAGGAAUGUAUGUAUGUACGUAUGUGUGUGUGUUUUCCUACCCACCUCCAGUUUACCCCUUUUAAAAGUGAAAUUCAAGCAUGAUUUGCCAAAUAUGCAAGAGUUCUUAGAAACAAAUGCCUAGAGAAGUGAGACACACCUGAGGAACAUCACAGAGAUGGUUCUAGCUGCAGAAUUCAAAAGACAGGAAAGAAGAUGGGAGAGACUACGAAGAACUGCAGACAUGAUGAAAAUGGCAGAUAUAAGAGACCGAAAAACUCCAUACAGCAAAAUGCUUACUUUUGUUUUGAAUCUCCUGAAAUAAAAGUGCUGAGCGUGAUUUUUAUAC